AUGGCCGCUACAGCAGGGUCAACACGCACAUCCCCUUCGCCAUUCGAGCUCCUAAUUACCUGCAACCCUCCGAUACUUGAAUCGUUACUUGUCCAAGUGCCGACCGAGACCAUCUUCCGACUCUACCAAACCUCCUCCUCCUUACGGGACUUCUUCUCCAAGUCGCCCACCUCAUGGCGGUACAUCUCCUGGCGUUUAUACCAGCCAACCGUCACCCCAGCACCGCCGGCGCCGGCUGCCCCUGCCGGCACACUCAAUGGCCCUCGCCAGUCCAGCAACUAUGCCCUCGAUCAAAUCCUCCUCAACAUCAUCAAUCCUUUCAGCACGAGGCUGGUCAGCCUCGAAUUGGACAACACCGCAGUCAGUGGCGCGACCUUGACCUCGACUGUCCUCAUCUUGAGGAGAGAUACCCUCUUACACGUGUCGGUGCGAGGCUGCAAGAACGUCUCGUUGAAGUAUCAUAUCAAUCCGUGGCUGCAGAUGCACGCCCUGGCUCGAGAAUCUACAGCCGCCCACGGUCCACCUGGGUUCGAGACGCUUGCGUUGCAGAGUCUAUAUACUUACAGGUGUCGGCAUCAUAGGAGACGACCGUAUCUACCAAGCAGCUUGGCGCGCAAGGAGAGUGACAGCGAACCCACGCAUGAAUUGGUUCUCACCUGCCACAAACUGGGAAUCUGGACCGAUACUGCCUGGUGCACCACCCCUGGCGCUCGGUGUUAUCGCAGAAGAGGAUAUGUCAAAAUGCGGAUGCCACAGGACCCUCGCGAAGUGUGGGUUGUUUAUGAUCGACUGUGGAGAAGUCGUAAUUGGCUGGGUCCCGUGGAACAGCCCAAGGCCUCGAAUGACGCUCUCGGUCGAAAACGCAAACGUGAUUGUAGAAGUUGGGAGUUUGACGAAGAAGCGAUCAACGGUGAGGCCAUUGGAACAGGGCUUGAAGGCAAGGCGAUGCCCACCCAUCUCCGUGAUUCUCACCGAAAGUUUGUCCAGAACAUCGUCUGCCAGAAUUGCUCGGCAGACAUCCUCGAGAGAUGCGAGCAGUGCUCGGUGAUGAUGCAUUGUUCGGGGUGCCGGAAAACGCUUUGUGCCAGUUGCGCCUUCGACCGGCCAUAUUUGCGAAACAAGAAUGCGCCCGAAGAAGAGAAAAACAGAUUCUGGUGGGCGCCCGGUUGUGCUGUCUCUCCUUGCUCCAUGCAAGACCAUGAUAUGCCUCCUCCUGGAGCCGGGAACGGUGCUCAAGGCAUCAUGAUGAACACACUUCCCAACAUCAAGUUCAGAUGGUGUUGUACCGAACCAGUCUUCUCGGGUGGAGGUGGCAUCACGUUUGGUAGCAGUUUCAGUCGGGACACUGAUCGUAUUCGUGCAGCACCACUUCCGCCCGGGCAAGGAUGGGAGGAUGCCGAAUUUGACCCUAAUCGGCCAGAGUCUGAUUCUUUCGACGCGCCGACCCUGGGGGCCCCGUCGCGAAGCCCCACCAAAGAAGGCCCUGGAGGUCGUUGGUCUUCGAUCGACAGUCUUUUCCAAACUGUGGCUGCUUUGAAUUGUGGAGGACACCAUGCCGUCUCGGUGCCUCGCGUCUUGUGCGAAGAAUGCUACAAUUCCGAGCACUGGAAGGUCAAAUGCAAGGCUUGUUCAACCGCGCUGUGUCUGAAGCAUGACAUUGGUGACCGUGCCAGGGCCAGGAUCUGCGGAUACAAGGAUCUUGCCGUGGAAAAACAAGAAUACAGGUCGCGUCAGAAGGCCCUCAAGUUACUGACGACGCUCAUGCGCCACCGCAAAGAAAUGCUACCCCGAAAAUAUGCCAAUACUGAGCCUGGGGCCGGACGAAGCACAAAAACCCAUGACUCUGAGGCAUCACAUCCGAUGUCUUCCACAUUUCUGCAGGUACAACCUUUGACACAGCCUCGAUCCGGAGAUAUGGAAGGAUCUGCACGGGACACGACCCCAAUCCCCUCGGAGGUCGGACAGUUUUUGCGGGAACUGCGAGCUCCUUUGGUGGAGGUCGAUCUGCCUCAUCGACCGCUCUCGCCCGCGUCCAACAGUACUGGCCCACUCUCCCGCUCGACAUCGCCCACGCCUUCGACGCAUUCAAUGCCACCCGCCGUCGAAGCAAGCACGGCACCUCGCCGCCGAGCCCCCUCGGAGAUCCCGACGAUGCCCCAAUGGCAAGGUUGCCAGGCAAUUUUCUGCCCCACGAUUCGUCCCCCCGGAGACCACAGACGGAGAUGUACAGCAGUGAUGAGACAAUGCGUUGAGUGCAAGAUUAACGUGUGUGGUGACUGUACCAACGCACUUGAUCCUCCGUGUCCCUGCAAAGGAUGCCGAGCUCCACAGGCGGAAGUCGGAGGUGGCACAGGUGGCACAGGUGGCGGGCUACCCAUGACCUUCACAAGUCCAAGCAGCAGCAUUGCCUCGGACACUUCACUGUUUUUCUGCCCAAAUUGUCGUUGGCACCGAAUGCUGACAGGCAAAUGCAAGCGGAAGUCAGAGAUGUUCCUUCGCGCCCAGUCGGCUUCCCAGAAACUGAAGAACAAGAAAAAGAAGAAGGACAAGGUACGGAAGCCACUGGAAGAACGACGAGCCGAGUCUGGCACGCAUGGGGCCACCUCAACGGCAGAAGAGGCAAUUGAUGGAUUGGUAGAGUUCUUCACGAGUCUCAACACCCAAUAUCCUGGAGUAGUCCAACCUCAUGACACCAGCCCCCGAGUAGGGUCUGGCUUGGAGCCUGUACCACAGACCGGCUCUGGGCAGCAGCAUGACAUCCAGGAAUUGGAAGACAUGGGUGCUUUGGCGAGGGAUUUGAUUCGCCGGAUUCAGCGGUUGAGGGAGCAGUUCCGGCCUGGGUCGCUGGCUGCUCUCGCCUUGCCGGACAUUCUAGUGCAGGAUGAGGUUGAUGGGCCGCGGCUUGCGGUCACGGGCGGACAAGAAGCAGGGCCGGCGCAUGGGGAGGCAGUGACCAAUGCGGUUGAGCUUGUCACGCCAGAUGCGGCGGAGAUGGAUGACGACGAGGACCAAGUGGAUGGAGGGGAAUCGAGUACAGACUGA